CUGCACGCCUUUCAAGCGCUUCUUAACUUUUUCCAUUGCCCGCUGGUACAAAAUUCAUGCGUUUCACUUUUUCUUUUCCGUCUAGCAGACUGUAAUUUCGAAAGUAUUAUUCAACUUUGCUGUUGUGUUAGCAGUGUUGAUCAGACAUAUUACAGGUCGGCAAUGGACACGGAAACAGAUGAACGUGUGGCGAUAAAGAAGAUCUCACCGUUCGAACACCAAACAUUCUGUCAGCGGACACUACGAGAAAUUAAAAUUCUUACUAAAUUUAAACAUGAGAAUAUUAUCAACAUUCAGGAGAUAAUACGUGCACCAAGUGUGGAACAGAUGAAAGAUAUCUAUAUUGUGCAGUGCUUAAUGGAAACAGAUUUGUACAAGUUGCUGAAAACGCAGCGAUUAUCUAAUGAUCACAUCUGUUAUUUUUUGUAUCAGAUAUUGCGAGGACUAAAGUAUAUUCAUUCCGCCAACAUUUGUGAUUUUGGUCUUGCACGAGUAACUGAUCCUGGAUACGAUCAUACAGGCGUAUUGACUGAAUAUGUGGCAACCAGGUGGUAUAGAGCACCAGAAAUUAUGCUAAAUUCGAAAGGUUAUACGAAAUCAAUUGACGUAUGGUCGGUGGGAUGCAUUUUGGCAGAAAUGUUGAGUAACCGACCGCUGUUCCCGGGCAAAAAUUAUCUUGACCAGUUGAAUCUAAUUCUAGGAGUUAUUGGAUCGCCAAGUCAAGAAGAUUUACAGUGCAUUAUCAAUGAAAAAGCCCGAUCGUAUUUGCUCUCGUUACCGCACAAAGUGAAACAACCCUGGUUACGAAUGUAUCCAAAUGCCGAUCCACGUGCCUUAGAUUUGCUGGAUAAAAUGCUAACAUUCAAUCCGAACAAACGAAUCAGUAUCGAAGAUGCUCUUGCACAUCCAUACUUGGAGCAGUAUUAUGAUCCGAAUGACGAGGUAUCGGAUUCACUUAUUUGGCCCAUCUGCGAGGAACCGUUCACCUACGAAAUCGAAUAUGAUGAUUUGCCAAAAGAGGAGUUAAAGCAGUUGAUAUUUAACGAAACUGAAGAACAGUAUAAACGAUUGCAAGAGGCGAAGAAGAAACAACCAGCGCCAUCACCGGAAGAACCAGUGGAAUUAGAUUCUGGAAUAGGUUGUUCUGUCAUUGUAACUCCCUGA